AUGCCGCUGCUCCCCACACCACUGCUCCCAACGCCACUGCUCCCCACGCCGCUGCUCCCCACGCCACUGCUCCCAAUGCCGCUGCUCUCCACGCCACUGCUCCCAACGCCGCUGCUCCGCACGACAAUGCUCCCCACGUCGCUGCUCCCCACGUCGCUGCUCCCCACUCCGCUGCUCCCCACUCCGCUGCUCCCCACGCCACUGCUCCCCACUCCGCUGCUCCCCAAGCCGCUGCUUCCCACGCCACUGCUCCCUACGCCACUGCCCUCAACUUCACUGCUCCCAAUGCCACUGGUCCCCACGGUAUGCUCCCAACGCCGCUGCUCCCCACGUUGCUGCUCCCCACGCCACUGCUCUCCACGCCACUGCUCCCGACGCCGCUGCUCCCCACACCACUGCUCCCAACGUCGCUGCUCCCCACAUCACUGCUCCCAACUCCACUGCUCCCCAAGCCAUUGCUCCCUACAUCACUGUUCCCCACGCUGGUGUAUCCCCACGCCACUGCUCCCAACGCCACUGCUCCCCACACCACUGCUCCCAACAUCACUGCUCCCAACGCCCCUGCUCCCUACGCCAUUGCUCCCUACGCCACUGCUUCUCACGCCACUACUCCUCACGCUAUGCUCCCAACGCCACUGCUCCCCACGCCGCUGCUCCCCACGCCACUGCUCCCCACGCCACUGCUCCCCACGCCACUGCUCCCUACGCCGCUGCUCCCCACAUCACUGCUCCCAACUCCACUGCUCCCCAAGCCAUUGCUCCCUACGUCGCUGUUCCCCACUCGGUGUUCCCCACGCCGCUGCUCCCCACGCCGCUGCUCCCUACUCCGCUGCUCCCCACGCCGUUGCUCCCCACGCCACUGCUCCCUACGCCACUGCCCUCAACUUCACUGCUCCCAAUGCCACUGCUCCCCACGCCACUGCUCCCUACGCCACUACUCCCCACAUCACUGCUCCCAACUCCACUGCUCCCCAAGCCAUUGCUCCCUACGUCACUGUUCCCCACGCCACUGUUCCCCACGCCACUGCUCCCUACGCCACUGCUCCCCACGCCACUGCUCCCAACGUCGCUGCUCUCAACUCCACUGCUCCCAAUGCCGCUGCUCCUCACGCCACUGCUCCCACGCCACUGCUCCCCACGCCGCUGCUCCCCACACCACGGCUCCCUACGCCACUGUUCUCAACUCCACUGCCUCCAACGCCACCGCUCCUUACGCCACUGCUCCUCACGCCACUGCUCCCCACGACGCUGCUCCACACGCCACUGCUCCCCACGCCGCUGCUCCCCACGCCACUGCCCCUACGCCACUGCCCUCAACUUCACUGCUCCCAAUGCCGCUGCUCCCCACGCCACUGCUCCCAACGACACUGCUCCCAAUCCCCUCCCUACGCCACUGCUCCCCACGCCACUGCCCCUACGCCACUGCCCUCAACUUCACUGCUCCCAAUGCCACCGCUCCCCACGCCACUGCUCCCAACGACAAUGCUCCCAAUGCCCCUAGUCCCUACGCCACUGCUACCCACGCCACUGCUCCCCACUCCACGCUCCCCACGCUGCUGCUCCCCACAAUACUGUUCUCAACUCCACUGCUCCCAAUGCCGCUGCUCCCCACGCCACUGCUCCCAACGCCACUGCUCCCCACGCCGCUGCUCCCCACACCACUGCUCCCUACGCCACUGCUCUCAACUCCACUGCCCCCAACGCCACUGCUCCCUACGCCAGUGCUCCUCACGCCACUGCUCCCCACGCCGCUGCUCCACACGCCACUGCUCCCCACGCCGCUGCUCCCCACGCCACUGCCCCUACGCCACUGCCCUCAACUUCACUGCUCCCAAUGCCACAGCUCCCCACACCACUGCUCCCAACGUCACUGCUCCCAACGCCCCUGCUCCCUACGCCACUGCUCCCAAUGCCGCUGCUCCCCACGCCACUGCUCCCAACGCCACUGCUCCUCACGCCAUUGCUCCCCACGUCGCUGCUCCCCACGUCGCUGCUCCCCACUCCGCUGCUCCCCACGCCGCUGGUCCCCACUCCGCUGCUCCCCACUCCGCUGCUCCCCAAGCCGCUGCUUCCCACGCCACUGCUCCCUACGCCACUGCCCUCAACUUCACUGCUCCCAAUGCCACUGGUCCCCACGGUAUGCUCCCAACGCCACUGAUCCCCACGUUGCUGCUCCCCACGCCACUGCUCUCCACGCCACUGCUCCCCACGCCGCUGUUCCCCACACCACUGCUCCCAACGUCGCUGCUCUCAACUCCACUGUUCUCAACUCCACUGCUCCCAAUGCCACUGCUCCUCACGCCACUGGUCCCCACGCCGCUGCUCCCCACGCCGCUGCUCCCCACGCCGCUGCUCCCCACACCACUGCUCUCUAAGCCACUGCUCUCAACUCAAAUUCUCCCAACGCCAAAGCUCCCUACGCCACUGUAG